UGCCUCGCCACCGCAUUCUCAUCGUCAUCGACACCCUCCCUCCCUCCCUCAGCCCCGAGCACUCGGAGAUUCGCGCGCAGCGCGCUCCGACGCAACAAUCCCAAUCGCAAUCAUUACCUAUUCCCAACGCCGAACACCGGACACCAUCCCACACCCCUCAUCUCAUGUUCUCCCUUCUCUUGCCCCCUCAUCUCCGCGCUUGACCCUUCCAUUUCUCCCCGCCAUCUCCCACUUCCCACCUCCCACCUCACCUCAUUUUUCUGGAUGCCUGCAUUCCCCUCUCAGGACUUACCUGGGUACGCUCCUUGUGGUUGGGUUUCGUUUUGCUGAAGUUUUUGGGUGGGUGACUGAAAACAUUGUGUAGACAACGACAGCAGAGACACUGACUAUACCAAUCUGUAAAGACGGGUUUCUCUCUGAAGACAUCACAAGGGAUGUAGACACCGCGGAGAAAGACAAUUUCUUUUCUAUUUUUUAAAUUUUUUAUGUGGUUUAUUUCGAGGAUCUGGUGGACGGAAGCUUCGCCUUGCAGCAGGAAGAUAUACUGUUCUCGUUAGAGACCAUCACCUGUCCAAGUCCAGUUGUUGUGAUGCAGUUGUAAGUGAUCGGAGGCGGGUGCCGUGGAUCUUGACUUCGUCGAGUGGAGGUGCAAUUGGUUGAUCAUAGGGGGCUGAGGCCGGAGUAGAAUCUCGGGGUGGAAGGAUGUCGAAGACUGUAGCUGGGUGGUUUGGACGCACUCACAGCAAGUCCUUCUCCAAGGACAUCAACAAACAUGACGGGCAGGGGUCGGAGCAGGAGGAUGAUAAGGAGAAUAAGAGCGAGAAGUCGUUGACGAAAUGCGAGUCCCUGCCGACGAGUCUGUCGUGCAUGGAAUCCGACGACGACGAGUCGCAAGCAGAUCAAGAGGGGCCGUGUGUGAAAUUUAACGAGAAGGAGCUGGGCCCGUUGGUGUCGUUGAAGGAGCAGCUGGAAAAGGACAAGGAGGACGAGAGUCUGAGGCGAUGGAAGGCGCAGCUGCUGGGGGUGGCGAGUGAGGAUGCGCCAGACGGUUUUGUGGAGCCGGAGGUGAACGUGCUGUCACUGGGAGUGAUUGCGAAGGGACGACCGGACAGCGAGUUGCCGCUGCCGCUGGGGACGAACUCGCGGGGGUACACGUUCUCGCUGAAGGAGGGGUCGACGGUGGCGCUGAGGUACUCGUUCACUGUGCGUAACAACAUCGUGUCCGGGUUGACGUGCAUGAACACGGUGUGGAAGGCGGGGCUACAGGUGGAUCAGACACGGGACAUGAUGGGGACUUUCGCGCCACAGCAGGAGGCGUACGUGCACGUGACGGAGGAGGAGGUGACGCCUUCGGGGCCGCUGGCCCGCGGCGCUUACACGGCGCGGAAGAGGUUCAUCGACGACGACGGAAGGGUGCACCUGGACUUGGAGUACUCGUUCGAGAUCCGGAAGGAGUGGUAGAGUGGAGGGGAGAAGGGCGAAUGGGACGAGGGGAGUAUCGAUUGUGUGAUACAGUAGAAGGUCGAGUGCAGCGCGGGCGCAAGCCUGCGCGCGGGAGGGAGGGAUUAAUGGAGUCGUUGGCAAGGCAGGGGGAGGAGAUGGGAAGAGGCGAAGCCGUCGCUCGGAUGAGAUGGGGUGCAGUGCCCGUCGAGAGUGGGUGGCCGGAGACUUGCGGCGCAGCGCGUGUGGAAGCGUGCAGGAAGAGAGGGAUCAUCGAAGGGAUGAUGUGAUAUGAUUUGAAGGAAGGUGUGUGGCGAUGGGUAGGAUGGCAUGGCGUGUGCCGAAGUUAAGUUAAGGAGGUUGUGUGGACAUUGAUGGCGAAGUCUGGGUUGCCUAUGUAAUUUACAGCAUUUUACACAUGA